CAAGAAAAAAGAGAGCCUCACCCGCCAAGUAAGUCACCAGACGCAUCCAUAUGUCAGGUCUCUUAAGCACUCAUACGCCCCUUCAUUGUACAUGCACACCACACUGAGUGACCCCCUCCCUGUGCGCGACAUCCUUGACGUGGCACCACGUCGCCUCCCUCCCUCCCUCGCCCUCCCCUGUCUACACUCACUCACUCACUCACUGCAGCAGUCUGAACACCUCUAUCUGAUCGGCAUCAAUCUCCUCCUCAUGAUACACCUGGGGAUCAAUCUGCAGCAGUUCCCACGCCGCUUCCCCGUAGCAACCCCCCGUCCCCGUAGAGGCCGCCAUCUGCCACAGCCCCAGCCACAUCCGCCCCACGGACUGGCCCACGCUCAGUUUGUAGUGGCGGCGUGAGCGGCUGUCCGCCCGUGCGACAGUCACACACUGCAGGGUGGGCGACGCCGACUGGAAUGGGGGAGUGGCCUGAUGCUUUGAAGAUGAGGGCGGGCGUCUCGUAGUCGUUGAAGAAGCGGGGACCGGCCGGGGUCUCCACAUGCGGGGGCGGGGGCGGCUUGAUGCUGUCGUCGAUGAAACAGCCGUGCAUGUCGCCGUUGCUUCGGACGAGGAACAGCAGGCAGGUCGCACCGCCCACACGGGUGAGCAUGUCGGUGUACCGAUCGCCGUGCUCAGUCGCUCUGCAUGUACGGCCAUCAAAUGCGCAGGUUCGCGGAGUCCCAUUCAGUGCCUCCCUUACCUGUACAGUAGCUCGAUGCCUGUGAUUUGCUUGCCCGUCGUCUGCAGCACGGCCACGAGCUGGCUGGCGCAUGCAAUGGCAGAUGGGCUCGGGCGGCAGGCCGAAUUGCCGUGCAGCCGCAUCAUGGGCUUCAUCCGCAUGCCGCGUCGCCGCAUCGCGGCCACUAGCGACUCCAUGAGACGUCGAGGCGCAUAGGGGGGGUCGAUCACACUCAUGGGCGAGGCAGUGCGCAUGCGGGCGGCAAAAUCGAUAGCGAGUGCCUCGGCUGAGACGCCGGGAGGGACGGAGGGGAGGUAGCGCCUGACCAUGGAGGAGAGCUCGUUGACGGUGGCCGCCAGGUUGGUGAGCAUCGCCAGCCGCCGCUGCGGGGCUGCUGCUCCCACCAGCGCCUCGAGCACGUCGGCGGCUGAUGAAUGGGCGAAAGCCUUCUCACACAACUGGUGGGUCAACAGAGCGACGAAUUAUCCACCCAUUCAUUUCCCCCUUCCCUCCAAUCCUUGUACACUUACCGCUGCGAUGUCAGUAGCCAUCAUGACGAUGUGCAGCUGGUCCUCCACGAUAUGGACCUGCCCUAUCGCGCCUGAGAGGCGGCGCUGCACAGCCGCGUUGAGGUCAUCCAGAUGGUGUUGCUCAGGCAGGACCACCGUCAGCUGCGAGAUGGACUGCAUCUCGAGGAUGGACCAGAUACUCGACAGAAUGAAGGCGCCUGGCUCGACAAUGUCCUCAGACGGUACUGAGACGGUACACAGAUGGACGGAUGGACACAUACGGCGUUCAGUCCCCGUAUGCUCGCCCCCCACUUACCAUCUACGUGCAUCUCUAUGGUGUCGAUGUGUGGCAACCGGUCCCUGUGGUCGCCCAGUCUGAUGCCCUCCCUCUGGUCCUCGGCCUCGAUGAGCUCGGGGCCAUGUCCAGACAUGAACCCCAGCGAAAGCCGUUUGAUCGCACCAAAGCCCCCUCUCAGGAGGACCUGCCGCGCCUCUGUUUCGCUGCCGGCGAUGCGGAGUACCUGCAGCGAGGGCAUCUGCUGGGUCAAGGAGGCCGCCAAACGCAUGGCGACGUCGCCGCUCGCGGUGAGGGCCUCGACCUUCUGUAAACGCCGCUUGAGGACAGGCAGAGGCUGCUGCUGCUGCUGCUGUCCGUCGGCUGUCUGCAGGGCGCCGAGCACCAGGUGCGUCGGUACGGUCCAUGCACGAAGCUGGCUGAGCAGGUCGAGCACGUCUGUGGUCAGCAUGUCUUCUAGCUGCAGGUCCUCGAGGCUCGGUAGCCUGCUCAGCAGCUGUCCCGCCAUGGGCAGCCCGAUGCGGCCAAAGACAGUCAGGCCCCCCACGGCAUCGAAGGCCCUCGCUGGGAAAAUGUUGUCGAAUGCGCAGAGCUCGGGGGGCGGGGGCGCGACAGCAUUGGCAAGCGGUGUCCAGCCCUCGGCACACUGGAUGGCUAUGCUGCAUCCCCUGCUCCGCUCGAACAUCAGCACAUCCAGGCCCCGCUGCCGGCCGAUGUGGUUGAUGCCGCCCUGCGAUCCGGCGAGGUGCUGCGGAGUGACGUUCCACACGUACCGGAAUGUAGGCCUCACACCUGGCAGGAGGGUGUCGAUCUUGGGGCAGGUGAGGUAGCUGUGCGAGGUGUCCAGCCGCAUGUUGUACGAUUCGAGCAGCGAGCUGACCAGGCGGGGGCUGCAGGUGGGCAGGUUGCGGAAAUCGAAGUGUGUGAAGGCCAGCAGUUCGUUGAGCGGCACGUCAUGCGGCUGCUUGGCAGGGGGGAGGGGGCGCAGAAGACCUUGACCUUGCCCGCUCGCCAGAGGGAGCCAGGGACGACGGUCGCGUCGAUGAGCGACGCCAACGCCCUGAAUGUGGCGAGUUCGUUGAGGAUGAGCGAGUGACAGUCGAUGCGGUCCACCACGAUGCACAGGCAGCCGUCCGAGUCGCCGGCGUCGAGAGACCUUGAGCAGCCUCGCUGAACCAGCACCCUCUGAAUGAAUGCAGACCACAAUCAAGGAACGACGGUAUCAGUGGAUGGCAUGGUCUCCUUCCCCCCUUUCUGUCUCACUCACCUGCAGGUCCUCGAGGCCAAUUCUGAGAUCGGUCGAGUCGAGUCCGUAGAGUUUCAUGCAGCCGCGAAUCCUCCGCAGAGACGCCAGAGGGCCCACACUCCCCUGCUGCCCCACCGGCAGGUACCCAAAAAGUUCGGCCAUCUCCGAUGGAUCGAAUGGGUCGCUGGCAGUCACCGUCAGGUCGGCUAGGGACCGUGUCGUGGCCACGAAUGGCCUGAUGUCCUGUAUCUCGGACGCAUCUGGUGCCGUCACCGUCUCGACAGCCGGUGUGCGCCAUCCUCGCCCAUCAAACACGGAGUGGCCGUUCUGGACCCCUGUGACCUCUGUGAGGGCCGGGAGAUUGAUGGACUGCGAAGGGGCGGCUGGAGGGGGGUCGGCGUUGGUGUCGCUCAGCUGCUGGGCCUCCAGCUGUCCGAUGUUGGGAAUGGGCACCGACUCAAAGCUGAGCGACUCGAGGGAGCCCUCGCUCAUCGUAGUGGAUGGCCCCUCCUUCUCGCGCGCCAUUCGACGUCCCACCACAUGCCCCUCCACCAGUGCGAUGACAGUCCCACGACACCACCCCUGCGCAAUCGUGUGGAAGCCAUCAGCAACCCCCUCCGCCCCCUCAGCCGUCCGGGGAAAUCGAUGCCGGACCCGCUUCAGGUUGAUGAGGUGCUUCCCGAGCUCAUGAGCCGUCUGCGGGGCUAUCUGCUGCCAGGAUGUUCGUUGGCCUGGGUCGCUGCUGUCGAUGGUCAAAUCUGUGUGGUGAUGCAGGACGGCUUCGCUGAGUGGGGAGGGCAGGGGAGGCGGGAGGGACCACACCGGGUUGACCAAGGCGUACACACCAAUCUGAAGCUCACGCGGCUGCACACAAGGGCACCACAUGGAUGGAGAGAAACGGGAUGACUGCACCUGUCCAGAUCUUUCUGUGCCGAAGCUUACCACAGGGAUGCCGUGCCACCCCUGUUUCCGAAUGGCCUGCAGGAAACCACCCACGAAAGCACACAAAUGACCUUCCAUGUCUGCAAUGCAUCUGUACGUGAAAUAUGCGUGUGGUUACCGUGAAGGCGGCCUUGACAGCUUCGCUAUCAGCCGCGCUGCCAGCGGCAGUAGUGGCGCCACCCAUUGAACCGGAAGCGGCGUCAUUCUGACCACCACCUGCGGCAGGAAGGAAUGCGGAGGGGAAAAGUGCAAGGUGCACAUGGUUGCGCAUCGUUCCAGCGUCUUUCACCUUCCUGCUGGGAAAGCGGUCGCCAGAUGCGUCGCGGCGCCAUCUAUUGGCUACAACUCGUCAAC